GGUGGGGGGCACCCGCCUGUUCUCCCCUGCUCUGGGGAGUGCAGGGUGGGCACCAGGACCUUGCCAGAGUUCCCACGGAGUUCAAAAAUCACCUCAACUGCUCCAUGCAGCCACCUGCCCCCUGCACGCCGAGCCUGGGCGGCUCCGGGGAGGGGGGGGGACAGGCUGGGGGGGGGGCCUGACCCCGGGGGGAGCUCACUCCUGCUGCGCUGGUGGGGCGCAGGGCCAGGCUGAGCUGGGAGUGGGGGGCAGCGGCCUGGCAGCCCGGUAGUGACAGCUCUGAAUUCUCACCCAACAGGACGGCGCUCGAGGACCGAGACGGCGGGACCAGAGGAGAAAAGAGGCCUGUGAGAAAGGCUGAAACGCGACAGGAGGGGAAGCGGCUGCUCCUACUGGCUGAGAAGAGCACCUUGACCAGGCCGAGGAGCGUGAUUUAGGAAGGGCAGCACGCUGCGAGCUCGCUUGAGGUCCUCGAAGGAGACAAGCAUGUCCGAUGUCAGAACUGAGAAAUCAUUCCUACGCCCAACUGUACGUUACACCCGGACUCCGCUGUCCGCAUCGUUCCCGGUUUUUCCUCCCCUCUUCAGGCCGCCUCCCGCACGCUGCGGCACUCACACGCACGCUCACGCCACCGGCAACCAACGCCGCAGGCCCUUCCUUCACCAGCCAACGAACCCGAAGUUUACCAGAACUGCUCCGACCCCAAGAUGGAGCUUCUCGGCCACACCGGUCACCGCCUCGCCACGUGGCGUUUGCCGACUCGGCAGCAGAGCAGCGAUUCCUUCCAGACCAGCCAAGCACGGAGGUUCGGCGCGCGGAGACUCUGCCCCACCUCCCAGGCAACCCCCUCCCCCCCCCGAGGCUGGGUCCGGAUCCCUCCUGAGGAGGAAGCACCUGCUGCUGCCGACGUCUCUUUCAGCCAACCACCAAUGCAAGCGGUGGCAGCGGCUGCGGGCUCCAUGUUCCACCAGAGAGGGGGCGACGUGUUUAGGAGGCAGGAACCCUUCUGCCAUCAAACCAGCAGCGUUACCUCUAUCCACGGGUCAACUGGCACGAUGGGGAAGACAAACCCUUCCGGCAUCUCCCCGCUCCUCCACUGCCAUCCCCCUUCUUCCCAGGUGCGUAUCUGAGCCAGACAAGUCUCCACGGGACGCUAGAAAAAGCACUUCAGGGACCCCUGUGGCGAUUCUGUGGUGUCCCCUGAACUGCUGAGGAGGGCAAAGGGUUCUCCCCCAGUACUGGAAGCUGGACAUGACUCACCCGUAGCUUCUCGAGCACGCUACACCAUCCGGGACGGGGGCGCACAGCCCGCACUGCUUUUAAGCAAAGUCGUUUGGCAACUUGAUUGUUUUCCCUGGCUGUUCUGUAAAACGCCCUCAGCUCGCAGGGCGGUUUCUGUACAUCCCUGUGGCUACAGAAGCUCCAGGGCAGAAGAAGCCCGCGGCUUCCGAGUGCCCCUGGGAGUCUGAGCAUCCGACUGCAAUAGAUUACAACGGCCACAGCAGAAGGUUCUAGGCAGGGCGCAGCACCUGAAAAAGCAGCUCUUUGGGUGCUGUCAUAAAGACCCCAAAAGAGCAAGACAGCAAACAGUCAACCACUUGCAAGAGAAAGAGCAGAGACCUGUUGGUAACAAAGUCCAGAUGCGCUGCCCACAGCCGGCC